AUGAGUGGUGUUUUACGAAGAGGGUCCUUAAAUUUCGAUUUGGACUCGUAUUCGAAACGUGGUAGUGUCGAAUCAAAUCUAUACGGUGGUUAUCGCGAUGCCAAAGGAUCACGUACACCUGAAAUAAGUGUUGUAUCGUUAGAUUUUCGCCGACAUUCUGACGAUCUUAAAAAGGACUCUUUCAAAGUGAUCAAUAAUGAGCAAACAGUAGAAAAUAUCCAUAAAAGAAAAUGUCUCAGUGACGAUGUGGACAGUGAUAUUAUUUCCAACUAUAUUGGCCACUAUGGCAAAUGGAAUUUUAUUUGGACAUUGAUAUUAAGCUUAUUUCAAAUUCCUCCAACACUUCAAAUGUUUGCCUUUGUUUUUCAGACUGCCGAUAAAGAUUUUUGGUGUGCCAGACCCCAACAAAUGAAUGGAAUGGAUGUAACAACAUGGAAAAAUCUAACACAAACCACAGAUUCUUGUUCAAUUUUAAAUAUCGAUUAUAGUGAAAUGAGUACAUUGGAUUCGCUGUUAGAUUAUAUUAAAACACCACUACAAACAUUAAAUUAUACAUCAUGUAAUGAAUUUGAAUUUUCCCCCGAUGAUAGCGAAUCAAAGACACUGGUACAGGAAUUCGGUUUAGUCUGUUCGAAACGUCAAUUAUUAAGUGUGGUUGAAAUGUGUUUUCUAGCAGGAGCUGCUGUUGGUAGUGUUUCAAGUGGUUGGAUAUCUGAUCGAUUUGGUCGUAAGCAGACUCUAAUGGGUUUUGCAUUUGUUCAAACUACGUUCGGUACUAUUUUGGCCUUCUCAUCUUCUUUGGCCAUGUACAUGACACUACGUGUUAUAAUUGGAUUCGCUUCAAUGACUGUGGCAGUGGUUAGUUUCGUGCUUGUGGUCGAAUUGGUCUCCGGCAAAUGGCGUACAAUUAUUGGCAUUUUGAAUAUUUUACCGGUUGCAGUUACAUACGUACUAACAGCAGGAAUUGCGUAUUUUAUACGAGACUGGCGUACGAUGCAAUUGGUAAUAUCGUUGCCAUGGUUCUUUAUUUUGUUCAUAUGGUACUGUGUACCAGAAUCGCCCAGAUGGCUUUUGGCUACCGGUAGACUUGAAGAAUUAUAUGCCAUUGUAGAAAGAGCGGCCCGUAUAAAUGGUACCACUUUACCCACAAACUAUAAAAAAUCUUUGGAAGCAGUUGUACCAAGACAAAAUACAAUCGAAACAGUUGAAGAGGCAAAAAUACCUAAAAAUGAAAUGAAUCCAAUUUCAACAACAACAGCAACACAAACGAAUAAACCGAAAGAAGUGAUAACAAAUGAUGUCAGCCCUUUGGUCGUGGUAUUCAGUAAAGCAUAUUGGCGUACUACGUGUUUGACUCUUGUCGUUUGGUUGACACUGAUUAUCAUUUACUUUGGUUUAACUUUACAUCUGAGCAAUUUGGGAGGCAAUAUCUAUGUAAAUACAGCAAUUGCGGGUUCAGUGGAAGCUCUUUCAAUUUGUUUAAGUAUUUUUGUUGUAUUGAAAUUGGGUAUACGAUUGAAUUUAAUAACAUACAUGUUGAUACCGGGCAUUUGUUGUUUGGCCACAAAUAUCGUUCCCAAAGGAGAUGAAAAUAAUAUUUAUAUUAUUGCUCUAGCCAUGAUUGCAAAAUGCGUUAUUGGUGCCAAUAAUGCCAUCAUACCGACCUACACUGCCAUGCAGUAUCCCACAGUUGUGCGUAAUUUUGGUGUUGGAAUGGGUAAUCUGGCGGCGGGUGUUGCUUUAAUACUUGUACCGUAUAUGUGGCUCUUGGAACAUAUUGAACCCUUGUUACCUAUGAGUAUAAUGGGUGUUAGUGGUCUAAUUGGCGCAAUAGCUUUGGCCAUGAUGAAAGAUGUUGAAAACUAGAUAUAGCUAGACAUUAGACACGCACGCACAUGUUAAUUUAAAUAUUUUUAAUGCAUGCAAAUCUAAAAAGCAUCUGUGAUAUACAUAAAUAGUAAAUUGUAUUAGAAAUAUUUCAUUCUAAUUUUAAAAAUUAUUUUAAGAAGUCUUACAGAGCUUUCAGUUUUUAAAAGAUUAUACAUUAUGACAUCACAUAAUUAUAUAAUUUUAAUAACAAUUCCAUUUGAAAGGAAACCAUUUUCAAUUACAAUAUUCUUGAAAAACCCGAAUAUUUAAAAUUACAAGUCGUUAAAAAAAUAGAUUUUAAUUAAAAUAUAAAGAAAGAGUUCAAUAACAUUAAAUUGUGAUUAAACAAAUUUAUAUAUUUAAGUUUUUCUUUAUAUACUAUACCAGUUAAGAACCUAUAAUGUUAAAGCUAAAUGUCUUAAGUAUGCUUUUUAAAGUUUAAAUUGUUAAUUUCAGCAUUUAUGUUGAACUGCAGUGAAUUUUCGGAUUGAUAACCGUAAAAGUAGUUAAUUUUAAGUCACUUUUUUAUAAAUAGUUUUCUUUUGAAGCACUAUUAUUAUUCAUUUUUAAUUUUUUUGUAAAAUCAUCAUGUUAUUAUAUUUUGUAAUAUUUUUAUGAAUAUAAAUGUUUUA